AACUGAACAGUUAAUACUGAACACGACCUGGGAAAUCCUGGAAUGAUCUUCAAAUCCAAAAUAAUAAUUGAAUGGAAUCCCAAAUCAAAGAAAUCCCUUCAAGUGCUAAAAAGUUGAAAGAAGCAAUCAGAGCUCUUCUUAAUCAAAAUUAUGGAGUAGAAGAAGAUGAAGAAAAUGGAGAGAGAUUGAGUUCUGAAAAGAAAGUGAGAGAAAACAAAAAAAUGGUGAAACACAAAAAUCAAAUCUUUUGUGUUGGCACUGCUGAUACAAAGCUUCAAGAGCUUCUCUUCUUAUGUCAAUCUCUUCGCUCCCAUUUCAAUUCCUUUUCUCCCAAUUCCUCGCAAUCUCAAGUUCAGGUUACUCUAGUUGAUGUCUCUACGGGUCAAGACGUGAUCCACAGUUUGGAGGACUUCCACUUUGUUCCUAGAAAGGAUGUGUUAUCUUCCUAUCUUGGUCAUGGAAAGCAAGAUUAUUUGCUUCCAGAAGAUAGAGGCAGAGCGGUUUCGAUAAUGAGUAAAGCUCUUGAGCAUUUUAUAAAGAAAGCUUAUGACGAUCAUGUAGUUGUGGGAGCUAUUGGUCUUGGAGGCAGCGGAGGAACCUCUUUAUUAUCCUCCGCUUUUAAAAUUCUUCCAUUUGGGGUGCCAAAAUUCAUUGUUUCUACUGUGGCUAGCGGUCAAACUCAGCCUUACGUUGGCACAUCAGAUUUGGUAUUGAUUCCAUCAGUCGUUGAUAUAUGUGGAAUCAAUCGUGUGAGCAGAGUCGUCUUAUCGAAUGCUGGAGCUGCAUUCGCAGGAAUGGUUCUUGGAAGCCUAGAGCGAUCAUUGAACUCUGCUAGUGUUGAGGAAAAACCUACUCUUGGCAUUACUAUGUUUGGUGUCACAACUCAAUGUGUGGAUGAUGUUAAGAAUAGGUUGCUUGAGCAAGGUUAUGAAUCUUUGGUGUUCCAUGCCACUGGGGUAGGGGGCCGUGCGAUGGAGGAUCUCGUCAAGGGUGGUCUAAUACAGGGUGUGUUGGAUAUCACGACAACCGAAGUUGCCGAUUAUGUGGUCGGAGGUGUCAUGGCUUGUGACAGUUCUCGCUUUGAUGCUAUAAUAGAGAAGAAGGUACCCUUUGUCCUAAGUGUUGGAGCCUUGGAUAUGGUAAAUUUUGGAGCAAAAGACAGUAUACCUUCCAAGUUUCAGGAUAGAAAGAUUCAUGUACACAAUGACCAGGUGUCACUUAUGCGGACGACACGGGAUGAGAACAAGAAGUUUGCUGAGUUUAUUGCCCACAAACUGAACAAAGCAUCAUCAAAGGUUCACGUCUGCUUGCCAGAAAAAGGUAUCUCUGCUCUGGAUGCACCAGAUAAACCUUUUCAUGACCCUGAAGCAACUGGCACCCUACUAAGUGAACUUCAGAGGUUGAUUCAAACAAAUGAAGAUCGGAAGGUAACAGUUUAUCCUCAUCAUAUCAAUGAUCCUGAGUUUGCAAAAGCACUAGUUGAUGCUUUUUUAGAGAUCAGCAACAAGGUUAUACCAGAUCCAAGCAGUGAGAAACUUUUGGCUACUGAACGCAAUCAAGAUCUUCAUGUAGAUUUCAAACCCGAAGCAAAGUCAUCUAGGAAUCUAUCCAUGCAUUAUAGCCUGAGUGAAUUCCCCGAUGCAAACAAAGAGACACUGCGGCAAAGGCUUACUACUCUGCAGAAGCUCAAUGAUCAAAUAAGCAAAGGAAUUCCAGUAAUAGGGGCUGGUGCUGGGACAGGGAUAUCAGCUAAGUUUGAGGAAGCAGGAGGUGUUGAUUUGAUUGUCAUAUACAACUCUGGAAGAUUUCGGAUGGCUGGAAGGGGCUCUUUAGCUGGGCUAUUGCCUUUUGCUGAUGCAAAUGCAGUAGUUCUUGAAAUGGCUAAUGAAGUUUUACCAGUGGUGAAAAAUGUACCAGUUCUUGCUGGAGUAUGUGGCACUGACCCUUUCCGCAGGAUGGACUACUUUCUGAAGCAGUUAGAGGCAAUUGGAUUCUAUGGGGUGCAGAAUUUUCCAACUGUUGGUCUCUUCGAUGGUAAUUUCAGGAAGAAUUUGGAGGAAACAGGAAUGGGAUAUGGCUUGGAAAUCGAGAUGAUUGGGAAGGCACACAAAAUGGGACUUUUGACAACUCCAUAUGCUUUCAAUGAAGAUGAAGCCAUAGGAAUGGCUAAAGCUGGUGCUGAUAUUAUAGUGGCCCAUAUGGGACUUACAACUUCAGGGUCAAUAGGUGCAACAACUGCUGUUUCACUGGAUGAAAGUUUGAUGCGUGUUCAAGCUAUUGCAGAUGCUGCACACAAGAUCAGGCCAGAUGUUAUUGUGCUCUGUCAUGGAGGUCCCAUAUCUGGCCCCAAAGAAGCAGAAUUCAUACUGAAGAGAACCAAGGGAGUUCACGGUUUUUAUGGGGCAUCUAGCAUGGAAAGAUUACCCGUUGAGCAGGCUAUAACGAGCACAGUUCAACAAUAUAAGUUAAUUUCGCUCAACUGAAAUCAACUUGUGUUUCAGAAUUGUUUCCUUCUAUAUGCUCUCCAUCACGAUUGACGACUCCAACGAUUUAUACUAACAGCAUCAUCGAUUUCCGUACAAUGCCAAUUAUUGCAGCCAGAUGAGCGUGAAGUGUGGAAGUGGAAAACAAAUGUUAGGCAACUAGAGAAAAUACUUGCGUUAUACAAAGGAAUGCUAGAGAAAUUUCAUGCUCUGUACAAGUUGAACAGUUAUGAGGUUUUUGGACAUUGGACUAAAUUCCACCUCAAAUGAACUUUUCUUGGGAUACAUCAUACAUACUUACAUUUUGGGUCUUUAGGCGUGUCUUUAGUCAUCGUGGACCACUCAAGUCAUAAAAGUCGACGAUUUGGGAUUUGAGUAUUCUUCAGGGGACCAGUGAUUAUGUAUCAGCUUGUUUUUAA